GCUUUCGGUGUGAAAAUAAAAGCAGGAAUCUGCGUUGAAAAUAUACAUGUUGAUGCGAAGAAACAAAAGAUUGAGUGUAGUCUACAGUCUAUAGCUGUUAUUUGUUGUUUUGAGAAUAACAACUAUAGAGUUUAAGACAAAGACAGAGUCCAGUCAGUGGAGAGGCAGGCGACCUUGUUCGUGGUUCCAGACACAGGCCACCAGCCGUCCUUUGUUCUACGAGCACCUUUGUGCCCCUCUUCUACCUGUGAAGAUGGCACCCUCCCUGGCCACAGCCUUCUCCAGGCGCUGGUGGAUGGCUGUGACUGCGGUCAUAGAGAACCUGCUGUUCUCUGCUGUGCUGCUGGGCUGGGGCUCCCUGCUCAUCAUGCUCAAGUCUGAAGGCUUCUACUCCUACCUCUGCAGAGAACCUGGUAACAGCACCAGUCAAAACCAGUCUGAGCCAGUCCUGGUUGGGGAUAAGGAGGGGAUCACCCAGAGCCCCAUGGUGGAGGAGGAGUACCUCCAGAUGAACGGCUGGCCCAUCUGUAAGGACCAGGAUGAGAUGCUGAACUUGGCCUUCACUGUGGGCUCUUUCCUCCUCAGUGCCAUCACCCUGCCCCUAGGCAUUGUCAUGGACAAGUAUGGCCCCCGCAAGCUCCGGCUGCUCGGCAGUACCUGCUUUGCCUUCUCCUGUAUCCUGAUUGCUUAUGGAUCGAGCGACCCCAAAAAUCUGUCCGUCCUCAUAUUCUUUGCUCUGGCACUCAACGGGUUCGGAGGCAUGUGCAUGACCUUUACUUCCCUCACGCUUCCCAAUAUGUUUGGUGACCUUCGUUCCACCUUCAUCGCUCUCAUGAUUGGAUCGUAUGCGUCCUCCGCUGUCACCUUCCCUGGGAUCAAGGUGAUCUAUGACCUAGGAGCCACCUUCAUCACCAUCUUGCUGGUGUGGGCUGCCUGCGCUGGCCUCGUCUUUAUCAACUGCUUCUUCAAUUGGCCCCUGGAGCCCUUCCCUGGACCUGAGGAUAUGGACUACACUGUGAAGAUCAAGUUCAGCUGGCUGGGCUUUGACCAUAAGAUCACUGGAAAGCAGUUCUACCGCCAGGUGACCACGGUGGGGAGACGACUUAGUGUGGGGAACAGCAUGAAGCAAAACCCCAAGGAUCUGGCCCAACAGGAGGGCAACAAGCUGUGUCUCUCCACCGUUGACCUGGAGGUCCAGUGCAAGUCCCAGGAGGAAUCCCAGUCCUUCAUGAAGAGUGUCUUAAGCCCUAUCUUCAUGCUCAGCCUGAUCACCAUGUGUGUCACCCAGCUGAGACUUAUCUUCUACAUGGGAGCCAUGAACAACAUCCUUGAGUCACUGUCCGACAGAGACUUCAGCACAGAGGAGAAGAUGGAAGUAGUGAGUGUGUACACCUCCAUUUUCGGAGUGCUGCAGCUGCUGUGUCUGAUGACCGCUCCAGUGAUUGGGUACAUCAUGGACUGGAAACUCAAAGAGUGUGAGGAUGAGAACGCGAAGCCGGGCACAAGAGACCUUACCCAGCCCAAGCGUCGUGACAGACAGAUCCAGAAGAUCACCAACGCCACGCGGGCCUUCGUCUUCACCAACCUGCUACUGAUGGGCUUUGGGGUCACCUGCCUCGUCCCCAGCCUCCCUCUCCAAAUUCUAUCGUUUAUUCUACACACCAUUGUGAGAGGAUUCAUCCACUCUGCGGUUGGAGGGCUGUAUGCUGCUGUGUACCCGUCGUCUCAGUUUGGCAGUCUUACAGGCAUGCAGUCCCUCAUCAGCGCCCUAUUCGCCCUGCUGCAGCAGCCCCUCUUCAUGGCCAUGAUGGGCCCCCUGAAGGGAGACCCCCUAUGGGUUAACGUGGGCCUGCUGGGGCUGACGGUGCUGGGCUUCUGCCUGCCUCUCUACCUGCUCUGCUACAGCCGCCAGCUCCAACGCAAGAAGCAGGAGCGUGAUGAGGACUCCAAGAUCUACGUCCAGAUCAACAACGGCAGCAAGCCCGAGGCCUUCGUCUAGAGAGAGAUAAUUUUUUUAACAAAGAGAAGCAGGAAUGGAGAGUGUGAGGAGGGGAGAGGUCACAGGUGUGACUGAACUGUAUGAUGAAUCGCAACCCCACCCACCAACUCCAGUCCCUCAAACCGUCUGCACUUGCACUCAGACGAUACUCUCUCUCACACACACACACACACACACACACACACACACACACACACACACACACACACACACACACACCACCAUGCCCACUGCCAAACACACUCAGUCAAACCUACAGUAUAUGAUCACAAAUCUCAGAGAACUACUAUGAUAAACACACACACACUUUUACACUCCCCAACACAUCAUCGACUACGUACACUGUGAAAGAAACACAACAACACACACGUUGUGAAACCUCUUCAACACACACAUAAAUGGUUCAUUUUCCAGGGACACACCAGAAAACAGACAUUGUUCUUCUUCUCACCACUGAAAUGAGAAAGGUCUGUGAGCUGAGGAGAGAAGAAGAGGGAGGAGAAUCUCUACGACUUUCUCCUCCCUUCCAGUCUCGUCUUUGUUUCAUUUCUCUGUUGUUUUUUUAUUUCAUUUUUGUCAAUGAUGCCAUGCUCACUCUUGCCUGCCUGUCAGUUCAAAAAGAGGACACUGGUUGCCGGUCGCCCUGCAAAAAGAACCAGAGAGGAAGCAAGCGUUCAACGCCAUGUCGAAGACCUCCAGUGCGGAAUGUGGUGACUUGAACCGGAUAAGAAGAUGACGUCCUUCUCACAAUUAUAAUACUUCACCAGUGUUUUUACAUGUGUUUUCAAUGAUGCCAGUAAUGACGACGAGUAUCGCCUCACUUUCUAAUUCUGAUCCAAGUUAGUCUCGUACUGCACUGGGGGUCUUCUACUUCACACCCUGAGAACUGGUUUUAUGAUUAGGACGUUAUUGGAACGUUAUUGAAACGUUAUUGGCAAUAGGUCUGUAUUUGUCUCUGUGGUUGUUACAUGUCAAUGCCUCUCUAUUGUCACAAGUGGUUUGGACUGGAGGUAGAAGUGAAACAGGUUGUAUAGAAGUUUCAGUACACUAAAUGGUGCUAAGAGUUCAUACCGCCAUAACGUUCCCAUUAGGUUCUAUAACGUUGCCGUAACGAUCGUCAUCAUUGUAAAUGAAUUGGUAAAAAUGGAACCUCAUGAAACCUUUAGAAGCUAGUCGAUGUAAUCUUCUCAUCUAGCGAGUGUUUCUUCCAGUGUCUCAAAGAACAAACCUUGUGACUCAGUCUUCUAGUUUUGUUGUUGAAGACAACAGAGGUGUGGAGGGUCAAAGCCACAGAGAAGCUGUAGUUUUAAGACUGUUCAAACAGCUCUAGGGGAGACUAGAAAGCAAAGUUUUGUUUUUUGUAACACUCAGCGCUCUAGGUAAAAGCCUGAGGCGAUAGCUGUGCUUUGAGCCCAUUAGAGCUGAGAGUACGUGAUUAGACCAAUGGGUUUCCAGUGUGCAGUGUGCGGGCCAGUGUUUUACUUCUAGACUUCUAGGGAAUACUAUGUGGCUGUGCUAGUGGUUGUGCUAGUGGCUGUGCUUGUGGCUGUGCUUCAAACAAAGCAUGGCACAGGUUGAAACACACCUCUUACCAGUAAUAAUGUGCCACAACAACAUAGGGUACAGCACAGUUACACUCUUAGAAAAAAGGGUUCCAAAAGGGUCCUUCGGCUGUCCCCAUAAGAGAACCCUUUUUGGUUCCAGGU